AUGGAGGAUAGGCUCUGGAAUCUUCUUGAAGAUACCGGCUGCACUUGCGUGAGGGAGCUGCGUUUGCAUUUUCAGACUCCUUGGCACCUGGCCUGCUCAGUGGACAGCUUAGAGGAUUCAGUGGUCCUUGCCGAGCAGAUCAUUCCGUCUGCCUUGCCCUCAGACCAUAAGAGAGCUGGCGCGCUUAUCUGGGGCUGGCUACGUGAUCAUACUGACUUGUUGAAGCGGGUGCAAGGUAGGCUAAAGACGAAGGCUACAAGGAUUGUGGCGCCUCCUUGUGGUGAUGUUUCUCCUGGUGAGGUUUAUGCACAAUUGGUGAGCGGCAGCCUUGAGUUAACGAAGCAGACCAGUCGGGCUCAUGCGAGAUGGAUCUCGAGUGGUGCUGGCACGCCAGCUGAUGCUGAGAAGGCUGCUAGAAAGUUCUGGGGUACAGUCUUGGUGCAAAUUAUGGUGGAGGCUAAGCUUCCCAUCGUGGACAUUCCUGUUGAAAGUGAGGAACAGAGGGUACUGUAUGCUUUGAGGGCUUUGGGUACCCGUCGUUCGAAGACUUUGAGGAAUCGGGCUCGAGCCUGGCGCAAGGCUCGGGACUGGAUGCUUUCUGUGAAGUCUGUUGUGUUUCCGCGGCGUCCGAGUGACGUUGUGGACUAUCUCCUCUUCUUGGAGCAAGAGGUGGGUACCAAGAGCUGUAUUUCUGAGUUUAUGAGCUCCCUAUCUGUCCUGGAGGAUGCAGGGCAGGUUCCUUUGGCAAACCAGUUGUGCAAGGACAGAUUGGUGGUUGCUGCCUCAAAAGGAUCAGAGGCAGAAGUUCAUGUGGGGGUCACGAGCAAAAAGCAGGCGGCCCCUUUGUCAGUGGCAAUGUUGCUUUCUUUGGAGAUCUUUGUGGUAUCCAGCGGCAAUCCAUUAUAUGCUAGAUGCCUCAUGUGGGCCUGUCUGGUGUGCGUCUGGGCUUGCAUGCGUGUGUCCGAUCUGCAAGGAAUCGACGUUUCUAGGCUUAGGCUUUUUCGUGAUGGGCUUAAGGGCUUCCUAGUCAAAACCAAGACGACCGGUCCUGACAAGAAGGUGGCUGAGGUUCCCUUCUUUGUGGGCCGGGAUGUGGGGUUGUCUGGUCGUGAUUGGCUGCUCGCGGGUUUCGACCUGUGGAAGGGCCUGGGACAGCUGGACAGGACUUUCUUGGUUUUUCAGUCAUCCGAAGAUUUUGAGGAGCCGAUCUUCAAGUUUGCAAAACCGGAGGUCAUCAGCAACUACAUGCGUUUGAUCUGGCGGCAGCUGAGAGUUCCGUUUCGCAAGGUUGGUGAACACGUGUGGAAAUCGAGAGCUGAGGGGGUCCUCCUUGGUGACGAAUGUUAUCUGUUCUGGACGGGCCAUAGCAUGCGUCAUGUUCUUCCAACCAUUGCUGCUGUUCUGGAGGUUCCGAAGGAACGGCGCGAUUACUUAGGUCGCUGGCACAUUGGGUUGCAUCAGAGCUCGGAUUACAUUCACACCUGCCGUCAGAUUGUGCAUGACAUUCAGCGCCGUGUGUGCGACAAGUUGUCUGGUGGUAAACCCGGGUACGAUGAGGAGGAGCUGUUUGAGGAGCUGCGCGAGUGGCUCCUCAAUCGGGGUUCGGAUCCUGAUCCGUGGUUGAAGCUUCAUUCUGUGAUGCGCACUGUGUCUGGCUGCAAGGUAUUGAAUCAGAUUUGGCCUUUAUUGGCCGACUUCACCGACGGGACGGACAACGCUGCCCCGGCCCCGCCGGUUUCGAACUUAUCCUCGGCUGACAAGGAAUCUCCUUUCUGGGUGAGCAUCAGCAGGCAUUCGGGUCACCGUCGGCUUCACAUUAGGAAUGGCUGCUGGGUCACUCCGAGCAGUUGCCAUCGCUUCGCCGAGGUUUGGGAAGCCGGACCGAAUGUUGCUGAUAGCUUUUGUAAGCUCUGUUAUAAGGAGAAAGCGGAUCCGUCCUCGAGUUCGGGGGAGUCUUCGUCGACCGAGCUUGGGGAGCCGGCUGAGGAUAGCGGGCUUCCGACUUGA